AUGUGGACGACCACCAGCGGCUUGAGUGGUCGGUCGCUCCGUUUGAGCAUCACCUUCACCGCUGUCAUGGGUUUCGCGCUCUUCGGCUACAAUCAGGGCAUGAUGGCCGGCCUCCUCAACGGCGACGAGUUCGUAAACUCCUUCCCAAUUCUCAAAAUGCCUGAGCCUGCGACUGCGGCGCAAGAACACUACAUCAACGUCAUCCGCGGUGCCGUCACAUCCUGCUAUGAGCUUGGCUGUUUCUUCGGCGCAUUGUUCUCCAUGUUCUUCGGCGAGAGACUCGGUCGCACUCGCCUGAUCUUUACGGGUGCCAAUGUCCUGACUAUUGGUGCCUUGCUUACAACGGUCUGCUUUACUGGUAAAUGGGAAAUCGGUCAGUUCGUCAUUGGCCGUGUUGUAUCGGGCAUUGGAAAUGGCAUGAACACGGCCACAAUCCCGGUCUGGCAAUCGGAAUGCUCCGGCGCUCACAAUCGUGGCUUCCUCGUCUGUUUUGAGGGUGCGAUGAUCGCUGGUGGCACCUUUAUCGCCUACUGGGUGGUCUUUGGUAUCUCGCACGCCGCGGAUAGCGUCCAGUGGCGAUUCCCUGUGGCGCUCCAGAUCUUCUUCGCUCUAAUCGUGGCCACCGGUGCCUUGAUGCUCCCGGAUUCCCCGUCGUGGUUUGUAAAGAGAGGACUUGACAAGGAGGCCUGCGAAGUUCUCGCUAAGAUCAAGAACACCUCUCCUGAUUCCGAUCAAGUACUUCAUGACUUCAACUUCCUCAAGACGGACGUGGAGUUCUCGAAGAACGUGCAGUCAAGCUGGAAGACAGUCUUCACAUUCGGCAAGACCCAGGAAUUCCAGCGCCUUCUUAUUGGUUGCUCCGGCCAGUUCUUCCAGCAGUUCACCGGCUGUAACGCCGCUAUCUACUACUCCACGCUACUUUUCCAGGAAAAUCUGCACAUGCAGAAAUACCUAUCUCUGAUUAUGGGUGGUGUCUUCGCUACUGUCUACGCCCUUGCGACCAUCCCGUCCUUCUUUAUGAUUGAAAGAGUUGGCCGUCGCAACCUAUACUUGAUUGGUUUCCUAGGCCAGGGACUCAGCUUUGUUAUUACAUUCGCUUGCUUGAUCAAGGAGAACGAGAAUAAUGCCAAGGGUGCUGCCGUUGGUAUCUUCCUCUUCAUUACUUUCUUUGCAUUCACUCUCUUGCCACUGCCUUGGAUCUACCCACCGGAGAUCAACCCCCUCCGUACCCGUACUGUGGGUGCGGCGGCGUCGACCUGCACCAACUGGAUCUGCAACUUUGCCGUGGUCAUGUUCACGCCACUUUUCGCUGGCCAAAGCCCAUGGGGCGUUUAUCUCUUCUUCGCACUGUUCAACUUCCUCGGGUUGAUAUUCGGCUUCUUCUUCUACGUUGAGACAGCCGGCCGUGAGCUUGAGGAGGUCGACAUAAUCUACGCCAAAGCCCAUGUCGAAGGGAAGAUGCCGUUCAGGGUCGCCCAUGACCUGCCCAAGCUCAGUUUCGAACAGAUUCUCCAACAGUCUCGCGAGCUGGGCUUGGAUACCACCGAUCAUGCCGCACCUGAGAAGUCCGAGCUCGGCCUCAGUAGUGACAAUGGCCAGGAGACUGACGAAGUUCCGGAUAAGCAGUAG